AUGAACUCCGAUAUCCCACCUCCACCACCACCUCCAGAAUAUUCCCAGUCCCAUGAAGAUUUACCAGCAUACACUUCGUCGUUGAACUAUUAUGGAUUAUCAUUGAUUAAAACAGAAUUCAUAACCCCAUAUCAAUACAAUAGCGGUAACCGUUCCUGGAAACCAGUAUUGCUUGAAUUGAACUCUACUCAAUUGAAAAUAUACAACUUGAACAUUGAUAAGAAACUACAAGAUUUGCUAAUAUGUUUAUAUUUUGAAUUAAAUUGUUUAGAUCAAUUAACUAAAGACAUCAAUUCUCAUUAUAAAAAGAGUAAAGGUUUUGACUUUAGUGAAUUAUCGUCUAAUGAUGCCGACGAUGUCGGCGAUUUGUUUUCCGGUGAUGCAUAUGGUGGUACUGAUAGCUCCAAGUUAUCUUUAAAUGAUUCCAAGUUUGGCAAAUUGAAAAACAAAUUGAAAAAUCAAAAAUCUAAUAAAACCUUGCAAUCAAUAAAAGCUCAUUACGAUGAAUUAAAAGAUAACAAAUUUUUCUUUGAACCAACAUCCUCAACAAAGGAAUAUAACCAAUUCGCUAAAAAGUAUAGAGGUAAUUUGUUGCACUGUUAUUCUUUGGCAAACUUGCAGAUUGGGGAAGCACCUUCGUUGAACCAAAUAAUUUCAGCAAUCUACAAGGAAGAGCAUAAUGGCAACACCAACAAUUCAUCACUCGUCAAAUACAAAAACACAUUGCGUCUUCGAAUUGAAUAUAAACAAAUCUUACUUCAAUUUUGGUCUUUCUACGGUAUGAUCAGUUGGUUUAGGAAUUUCACCAUUGGAAGAGAUUUGAGUGUACCCGUCGAAGCAAGACAUGUAUCGAAACUCAAAUCUAUACCCUCAAGAAACACUAGUCAAAACAAUGCAUUAUUGGCCGCUACUGCCGCAGCUGCAAACUAUGGAAGAAACAGAGCCAAUACUCCAGUUGACGGUGUCGAAGAAGACAUAUCCAUGUUUCGCUCCAACUAUUUGACUAUUAAAGAUGAAGAUAAUACUCAUCCUGACACCAGUAGUGAGAAUUCAUCUGUGUUUGACAAUGAGAGAAGAGGGUCCAUAGUUUCAACAACUACGUCAAUCGAACCAGUCGACUAUGUUACUAUUAACAAUUACAAGUUUUAUUCCCAAGAGUACACCUUUACCACUGUUGAGAAACAAUACAUUUCCAAUUGCAUACCAGAUUUGAACUCUUUUGAUAAAUGGAAUGGCAAGUUAAUCACCGUCAGUAACGUGGAUCAUUUUAUUAGAGAUAAAAGAUCGUUUGAAGACAAAGAUGACGUUUUCAUUAGUUAUGCUGCAUUGGGGAACUUGGUACAAUCAUAUGAUAAAAAAUCACAUAACGACUCAUCCAUGCUUACCACCCAAACUUUUAUCAUUCAUCAAAAAGGGUUAGUUGGUUUAGGAACACAAGUUUGA